UUAGCCAAAAUGUUAGGAUAUCGUUCGCCGCGUGCCCUGAUCUGUUGCAAGAGUUGUACAGAUCAUCACAAAGCAUGGAUGAUUCUUAAUAUAUUUCUUCAAGGUACUGUAGAUGAAAUAUUGACAACAUAUAUAAAGUAUUGUACCAAUGAACGUCAAACUCCAUCUGUCACUGGACUGUACCAAUACAUAUCCAUUAGUAAAGACAAAAAUUUCCGGUUUUUGUGCGAUGCAACUUUCAAUAUCGUUUUAGCAGUAUUUGUUUUCAGGUCCGGAGUUCGUAGAAAUAACUCAAAAUUUAUUAUGGCAGGUAAAAGUAAGUUCAUUAAACUAUUUUAUGGCUUCAAUCAUACAUAUUACCAGGAAAUAGUAUACAGAGACCUUAAAACAAGAACAUUAGCUCCACAGGAAGUAAAAGAGUUUUUGGAAAAAACUGAAUCUUUCUCUGUGUCUGGCCAUGAAAGCAAAGGCGAAGGUGGUGAUUUUGUUCUAGAGGCAGUUAAUGGCAAAUCAAAGCGCUGGUUGCCACCUGGAAUACCACAGCACCAGCAUUGGUUGCAAGUUUGCAGAAAUUUGGACUUGCUUGAUAAGAUUAGAGAAAACACCUUCAAAGAAACAGGAAUGAACGAAGAAUCUAAAGGGGUAUAUCAGAGAGAUAUAGAAAAGGAAAUAUUAGAAUGGCGUGUGAAACUUCGAGCUUCAGGAUAUAUUAGCAAUACAGCAGAUGAAAAUAGUUGCCAUAUAUCUGUAUCUGGUGAAAAUUUAGAUAAAACGCUUGUUUCAUUUGAGAGACAAUGCAACACGAAUAUAAAUGAUUAUUACAAUGAAUUGAUCAAAGGAGGAUUACCUGGAAAAGGUGUUUCCUUAACGCCCGUUUUUACUACUCCAUUGGACAGAACUAAAUUUCACGACAUUAAAAAAAAAAAAAAAAUUACAGAUAAGUGA